CAAGAAGAAGAGCAACACCAACAAGCAAAAGAAGCAGCAGAACUUGCAAAACAAGAAGAAGAAGAAAAGGACCACAUCAUUGUCACAUCUAGGGGUUCAUUUUCAGAGCCAAAUCAGUUGACCAUAUCCCAAAACAGAGAUGAAUCUAAAAUAAUGAAUCGUGGGAUUCUAUGUGCACUAAGAGCAGGUGACCAAGAAUCCUUCAUUAAAAGGAUCUCAAAUGAUGAAAUGGUCAUUCCACAACUCGUAGACAAACAAGGAAACUCGCCACUUCCUCUUGCUUCCUCGUUGGGUCAUUACCAUAUAGUGGAGCAUAUAGUUCGUCGGUUUGGGUAUCUUUCUAAACACGAAAACUCAAUGCGUGAGACCCCUCUUCAUGUUGCAGCCAGAUCAGGUAAUCUCAGUAUUGUUAAGUCUCUAGUCAACUCAACAGAUUGCUCUGUACUCUCAGCUAAAAGCAAGAUCGGAGACACUGCUCUACACGCUGCGUUGAAAGGAAAACAUGAAGAUGUGGCUUUCUACCUAGUAGGUAUGAAGCAUGAUGUAUCAUUUAAUGAGAACGAUGAUGAAGUCUCUCCUUUAUAUCUAGCUGUAGAAGCUGGAUACUACAAGAUCGUGCGUAAAAUGCUUGAAUGUUCUUGUUGCCCGUCUAAACUAGCUUCCAUGUCUAGUGGAAAAUCUGUUGUACACGCAGCAAUGAGGGCCAAGAGCAAAGAUAUACUUGGUAUUGUUCUUAGUCAAGAUUCAGGGCUUGUGAAAUCACGCUGCAAAGAAGGAAAGACAUGUCUUUCACUUGGAGCAUCUAUAGGAUUUUAUAAAGGAGUUUGCUAUAUACUAAAGGAAUUCGACAAACCAACUUCACACCUUUGUUAUCUCACUGAUGAUGAUGGCUUCACUCCAAUUCAUAUGGCGGCAAAGGAAGGACAGGCCAAAAUCUUAGAGGAGUUGCUUAAACAUUGUCCUGACUCAAUAGAGUUGCUUAACAAUAAAUGUCAAAAUAUUCUCCAUGUUGCUGCGGAAAGUGGUAAGUCGAAAAUUGUCAAGUAUAUCCUAGGACUUGAUAACCAGAAAAGACUGGUGAAUGAACAAGAUGCUAAUGGAAACACACCGUUACAUCUAGCCACAAAGAAUUGGCACCCAAAUGUUGUGAGUAUGCUUACUUGGAACACUGAAGUUAACCUCAAAGCACUGAACAAUGGUGGCUUCACAGCUCUAGACAUCGCUGAAAAGAAGUUCAACAAUGACUACAUACUUCGCAGGAGAUUGACUUGGAUGGCUUUGAUAUCUGCUGGUGCACCAAAUGGUCCAAAACUGAUUCCCUUGAAAAUGUCGAAAAACAAAAAAUCUGAGUGGGGAUACACAGAUAAAUUCAAGGAUCGUAUCAAUACUCUUAUGGUUACUGCGACUCUUGUAGCUACUGUGACAUUCGCAGCAGGUUUCACAUUACCUGGAGGUUACAUCAGUUCUGCUCCAGAUUUAGGCAUGGCUGUUUUGGUCAAGAGAACAGCAUUCAAGGUUUUUCUGUUGUGCGACAGCAUUGCAAUGCUUAGUUCCAUGGUAACUAUAAUGGCUCUCAUUUGGGCACAGCUCGGCGAUGUGGUUCUCAUAGAAAAAGCUUUCCUAGUAGCCUUGCCGCUUCUUGCAACAGCUCUUGUGUCAAUGACGGUUGCAUUUAUGGCAGGAGUUUCUCUCGUAGUAAGUCAUAUUCCUUGGCUUGCCUAUUUCAUAUUGACCUUAACUUCAGUCUUCCUCUUGGCCCUGCUCCUGCUCAUCGUUCCUUAUGUUUACUCAUAUCCUAGCCAAGGCUUUCUUCGGUACAUCUUUUACUUUCCCUUCAUCCUAAUGAUUUACGCUGUUAGUGACAAAGAAGACAGCAGCAACAAUAACGACUAGAAGAAAUGCUCUGUUCAGCAAUUCUUUUGUGUCAUGGCAACUGUUUUUGAUAAAAUAAGAGAUGUUAAGAGUCUGGUUAGAGCAGAGAUAUGUAGUUGACUCUGCGUUGGAGUCAACGACCUAAUUCUGUUAUUUAAUUGCUUUCUUGGCAAGCUAAAACGUUAGUGUUGAUUGGUACGCACAUUCAGACAUUUUCUUACUUUUUGUGAUUAAGUCAAUGACUUGAUCGGAUCAAACAGUUUUGUUGCUACCUAAAUUUUCUUAACAAAAGUUCAGAACUUCAGCUUGAUCUUCCUCAUCCUUCAUCUACUAGAUUUGAAGGCGUCUGAGAGAUUUAAUGAGCUUGGAUAUGGCCUCGGGGUCUGCUGGUUCACCAAUUGGUUCACAACCAACUGUAUUGAGUGAUUCACAGCGCCGCAGAAGAUCUAAGCAACAAGCUAGAAUCAUUGGUCUUAUGUUGUUUACAACAAUAGUAACAGUUGUGACAUUUGUUAUGGGUUUCACAUGUACAAAGAUUUACAUGAAUUCUGCUCCAGAUUUAGGCAUCACAGGCUUGGUCAAGAAAGCAGUAUUCAUUGUCUUCUUGUUGUGCAAUAGCAUUCCAAUGAUCUCGUCUGUCAUAGCUACAAUGACUCUCAUAUGGCCACAGCAUAUGGUUCAUAAUCCUCUGAUACAAAAAGCAAUGAUACGAGCCAUGGCACUUGUACAACUUGCUUUUUUGUCAAUGUUUGGUUGCAUUUAUGGUUGGAGUUUUUCUUGUGUUGAUCCUUCUUCCAUAUCUUUAGCUCCAAAAGCACAUACUGCAAAAGUGACGUGUGGUCAUGAUACUUUUCCAUAACACAAUAAAAAGCUCAUUAUGAUUUGAUGAGAUCGUAUAAUUUAAACUUUUGUACAUCUGUUUCUUGA